GCGGGGGCUCUCAGCGGAAAGCUGCUUUUUUAACCUACAGGUGCGCAUCUGGGUGUUGCUGCCUCGCCUCGUUCAUCCACCAGACCCCGAUGCUGUCGCUGCUGCUGCAGAUGUGUGCUCCGUUUGUGCGUACGGACUGAGACAAAGCUUUCAGCCCAGACAUGUCGAGAGCACACAGCCUGGAAUCGAGGGGGAUGACAGCUGAAGGGAAAUUCGCUCAGAUUAACCAUUUCCCAUUCACUCCUGAAUUUACCAAGACGCUUACAAAAAGCAGUCCAUGUUUUGGUGCCUUGAGUCACCACUCAUUCUUCUCCCGGCACAACCCUCAUCCACACAGGAUGAGGCAUAUUCAAGGAUUCACAGGCAGACCAAUUUGCAUGGUAAGAGAUGAUUGGUGUGUCACGUCAUCGUUAUUUCCUCAUCCACUUCUCAAGAGCCACAUAAACAGGAAAGCAGCAGAGCCACCUUUUCAGCUUGCUCAAAAUCUUUAUGGAGUCUACGGAGACAAAACUAAAUCAGCACUAUUGUCAGAAGCCUGGCGAGAUGAGCUCAAAGAACUGGCUGCAAAAAUCAGUCUAACUUCCCAAACACAAAAGGACAAAAGAGAGGAACAACCAGAGGAAAAGUUUGUCCGGCGAAAGACUCAAUAUUCAGCUCAGACUGGCAGACUUAUUCCUCCAUCCUCCAAGUCCUACCUGCGCAAAUCUCAAUACCAGCGCAUGAGCCAUCCUCAACCCUUCCAUGAUCAAGAACUUAUGGUUUUGGAGAUACUUUGUCAGAUCCUGCAGACAGACUCCCUCUCCACAGUGCAGCAGUGGCUUCUUCUUUCAGGCCAAAGAGAAAAAGAUCUGGUGAUGGGGAUGAUCAGACAAGCUCUGGACGGUGUCGACCUCUCUAACCAGCGGAACUUCCAGCAGCUCCAGGCGUUUCAUCCUGGAGCGUCUCCAUCUGUGUAUGCUGCAUCAUUUGAGCAGCCAUGGGGAAAAACACACAGGAGGAGUUCACACCAAGUCAAUCAAACAGCCAUUGAUGAAAAACCAGAGCGGAUUGGUGAUGCAGAAGUCCUGGCAGUCCAUUCAGAGGCAGAAAGUGUUCAGGUUCCUUCACUUCAGGAGGGGGAUAGUGCAUAGAGCUGAAUCAUCUUCCAAGAAACUAGUUAUAUUGUAUUAUUUCUGUGCUAUGUGAAAUGUAGUCCAAUACCUAGUUAGCUUAUCUUUAUUUUCAUUUGUAAAUCAAUAGGAUUAUAUACUGUAGAUGUGAUUGUGUGGUGUAAUAAUUAUGGAUACAGUUACAUAAUUGCUUAUUAGCUUUCAAAGGUAUCAUGGUUAGAAACCAAUUGAAGCGACAUUUAAUAAAUAAUAUAUAUAUAUAUAUAUAUAUAUGUAUGUAUAUAUAUGAAUUUAGUAACUAAUUUGUUUCCAGAAUCUGAAGAUUUGAUCAGUUUUUCUUAUUUUACUUUUCAAAUAAAGACAUAAAAAAGGAAAUGUCUGUGUAAAGAAUAAAAAUUGUUUACUUUUGGCAGGGUGGCAAACCUUCCAUAAAUGGAGAUAUAGCAGAAAUUAUCUUCUUCUUUUUGAAAAACGUCAAAGAGCUUACUUAGCUAUCCUGAUUUUAUAUGUAAAACAUAUAAACAUAUAGGGCUGGCCAGACAAAAUAAUGUGAGCUUGAACUUAUACUAAAAGCUUGAGUCUUAUUAUAGUAUCUUACUGUAUAUAUUUCUACUGCAGCAUGGAAGAGAAUCAAGUGCAGAAAAAUUAAGACUGUUAGAGAAACAAACAAUGGAAAUCAAGCCAAGAGUCAGGUUCUGCUUCACAGAUGAAGUAAUAAACAAGCAACAGCUCAUAAAAAAAAGCAGUUCAUUCAUGAAAAAUAAAAGUACCUAUUUGGUAAGUGUGCCUGUAAUUUUAUAUACACCAGAAUAUUUAUUGCUGCAUUAAUUUGCAAAGAUCUUUUACAACUACUCCUAUGACUGCAAGUCAUUAUUAUCAUAAUUUUAGCCGUUAAUAUACAUUAUGCUACAUAAUGUACUGCAUUCCUUUUAAAUUAUUCGCUAAUGUGUAGGCCAAUACAUUUAAGUGAUAUACAAAACUAUCAGCUGUUUAUUUUUCUUCUGAGUCAUAAACUGGUCAACAAAAAUUAUGACAUAUAGAUAUGAUAGUAAACACUCUUAACAGUUUAUGCUUAAUAAGAUUUUCUGUCCUGAACCAACCUUUUGUUGUAAUUUUCUACUUACUGAAGUGUUUUCACUUCAGACUUGCUUUUUUCUGAUUUUCUUCUAUAUCUCUUCUUUUAAAACUAACAGAUGCCAUGCUUUUGCUUUUCAACCAAGGACUUUGAAGAAAGCGAGUUUCAAAAGCUCUAAGAAGUCAGAGUUUUCACAUUCACCAUUGCAGCUCAGUGCCGCUGCUUUCUCUCCUCUUUGUGUCUACCAAACACUACAUGGCCAAGAAUAUUGCCCCCUAAGGCAUAACUGACGCUGUGUGGUGAAUGCCUGCAUUUUGUCAUGUUUACAAGUUUUUGUGUGUAAUGAAGCCCAUUAUAAAAUCUUGCAUAAUGUUUUCUGAAACCAUUAGCAACCAACAAAGUACUCCCUGUUGCCUUAAUUUGGUUUUUCAUCUGUUAUAAACCUAACUGUAACAGCACAGGGAACAAAAACGUAGACACCCGCAAAGCCUUUUUUAGUUUAUGCAGUUAACAGAUUAAAUAUUUUUUCAAUUUAGGUUUCAUAUUGCUUCCAGUGGUUUGUUACAGUUACAAAUUACUUCAAAGAUCAAUUUGUGUAAUUAAGUCACACCGACAUGUGAUUUAACCUUUAAUUUAAUCCUCGGAGACAAUGACAUUACUAACACCUUAUCUGACCAGUGUGGACCAACAGAUCUGAGUUGUACUCACUGUCCAUUUCAUUAUUUACACUUUGCUAGUUUUGAAUUCAUCUGUCUAUUCUUUUUGUCUUCAGGACUGCCUGAAUUCGUUGUGGUUUCAAGGUAUCAUGCAGCUACUGCAGAUUAAUCAGCUGCACAUUCAUGUGAAUCUCCUGUUCAUAAAAGUAGCGCUAUUGGAUUGAAACUGUGUAGGCCAUUUGAGUAAAGUGAAGUUACUGUAAUGUUCAAGAGAUUCAUUUGAGAUGAUUUAACCUUUGUAGCAUGGUGCGUUCUCCUGGGGGACGCAGCCAUCAGAAGAUUGUUGCAUUGUGCUCAUAUAGGGAUGAACACGCUAGCAACAAUACUUGAGUAGUGUGUGGUGUUUAAACAAUAGCCAACAGCCUGAACCACUGGUACAAGGGAUCCAUGUUAACCCUACUAUCAGAAUGCCACAGCAGAAAUCAGGACUCAUCAGACCCAACAACAUUUUUCCGUUCUUCUAUUGUCCAGUUUUGGUGAGCGCAUAUGAAGUGUAGCGUAUAUGCUUCAAGGUUCUACAUUUUUGGUGUUCAGAAAUGCCCUUCUACAUACCUUGGCUAGAAAAAGUAGUUAUUUGAGUUACUUUAUAUUAGCUUGAAAGUGUCUUGAAUCAAAGCUCUGAAACCCAACAACCAUGCCAUGAAGACAUUUCUUUCCCCCUUUGGUGCUCAGUUUGAACUACAGCAGGCCAUCUAAAGCAGCUGAACAGGUGUACCUAACAAAGUGGCUGAUGACUGUAUGUCUAUUUAUAUAUUUAACAAUAAGGACCAGACAGUGUGUUCCAACCUUAGGGAGAUCAUAGUUAUUGGAGUUUAGCCUGCCUGUUUGUCAAAACUGCGAUUCAGGAAUGAAAGUGUUACUUCCAUCAUGAUUGUGUUAAACUGGAAAAGCUCUUUACCCUCUCAAGGAUGCUCUGGGGUAGGUGAGAAUUAGCUCAACCAUAUGACGUAUAGACUUCAAGAAGUCACCUUUGUGAGGAUGAUUCAAGAGUAGGAGGCAUAGGGCAAAUUACAGUUUGUUUGGUCCCUGUACGCCUGAAGUGAGAGUUUGGUCUUCAAUAACAGCAAUAACUCAGAUCUGUUAUGAACUAACACUGGAUUCCAUCGGGACUGCCUUCGUUCAGAAAUUAAUUUUUGGAGGCAGCCAAGGGGCAGAAGAAAAAUAAUUGUGUUUUGCAAACACACCAGAGCAGUUUGCAGCUCAGUGUAAAGUCACAGUGAUAAAAACUCUUGAUUAAUAAGUAGUGACAAUUUGAUGAUCAAAUAGUUCAAAUAAAAACAAAAAAACAAAGCAAAAACCCCUGCAGUUUCAGUACUUAGUAGGUUUAAAAGACCAAUUUUUAACCUACCUGUUACGGUCGGGCGGCCGGUGUGUUUGCAAAGUGGACACGGAAGAAAGAAAAACUAAGUGUAACACAAACCGAGCCGUUUAUUAGGCUGAAUACAAGAAAAGAAAACAAGGCAAGGCGAACAGGGGCAUAACCAAGACUAAACUAAACUGGGGACAGCUAAACUAAACAUGAAAACGAAAACAUGAAACUGAACAGGUACAUGCAAAACUUUAGCGUGAAGUACUCUAAACAUGAAGCUGAACAGCAGCUUAGAAAAUCCUGAGACCUGAUGUUACAUGAAGUGAGUUGGACAGAUGAAUCGACACUGAACAGGACUUAAAUACACAGAAGGGUAAUGAGGGAAGUGGAAACACCGCUGAUACAAAUGAACCUGACACCACAGGGAAGUAAAACUAAACACACUGAACAUAGAAACAGUAGACUCCUCAAAAUAAAACAGGAACAUAAUGGGACUUUGACAAGACAACACGAGCUUGACAACAUGGAACAUGUAGACAUGAAUAAGACGACAGACUGGGGAGACCCGGAACACAAGGAGAGACACGAGAACAGAUACCGGAGAUGCAAGCACGGGGAUAACUAAAGGUUAAACACAGAGGGCAAGACAGAAUACACAGAGGACAGGAGAAGACUCAUGAACAAGGAGAAAUAGAUUAAACAUAAACUAGACUAAAACUCAACUAAACCCCAAUUAAUAAUAACAACCCAAGAAUUUAACAUUAGUCCAAUAUAACAUAAGAAAACAUAAACACAAAAUAAUCUCAACACACACCCAGCUCCCUAACACUACCACUCCUAAGCUGGAGCAGUGACAUAAAUCUACAUCAACACUUUAAAUUAUGUAGCAUGAUGAGAAUUUUUACUAUUGCUAAACACAGACUCAAGGACAAUUUUUGCAUGCUCUAUCAAAGUGAUUUAUUACACUGCUCAUCUCUACAGAGUCUCUGACUAUGCUCCAGAGGAUGGUCACUUUCUGCUCCAAACCGAGUGCCACAUUAAAAUAAGGUUCAACAAAUUCACAAAUAGA